AUCAAGGACAUCCAGGAAAGUGACGGAGGGGAGUACAUGUGCCAAGUACUCAUCGGAAUCAACAACCGUAUUACAGCCAACGUGGACCUCCUUGUCCGCCGCCCGCCCGUCAUCUCGGAUAACUCCACCAGGUCCGUGGUAGCGAGCGAAAACGAGAGCGUGGAACUGUCCUGUUAUGCUGGAGGAAUGCCCAUCCCCGACAUUUCCUGGAGGAGGGAAAACAAUGCUAUCCUGCCCACUGGAGGGUCUAUCUACAGAGGCAACGUGCUCCAGAUCGCCAACAUCCGGAAGGAGGACCGCGGCACCUACUACUGCAUCGCCGAGAACCAGGUGGGACGCGGCGCCCGUAGGAACAUCAACGUGGAGGUGGAGUUUGCGCCCGUAGUCAAGGCCACACGCCCCAGGGUUUAUCAGGCCCUCCAAUACGACAUGGACUUGGAGUGCCACGUGGAGGCCUACCCCCCCGCGGCCAUCACCUGGAUCCACAAACAAGAGGCUAUCGUUAACAACCAGCAUUACAGGGUGUCCCAGUUCGCUACAGCCGACGAGUACACAGACACGACCCUCCGAGUUUUGAGCAUUGAGAAGAGGCAGUUUGGGAACUACACUUGCAUGGCCACUAACAAGCUCGGUCAGUCCAGUGCCAGGGUGGAGCUCAUCGAGACCACCACGCCCGUGUGCCCGCCGGCGUGUGGCACCCUCACCUACUCUGCCGCCCACACGCCCUCGCCUUCCGUCCUGGCCAUCCUCGCUCUCUUUGCUGCUAUCUUCCUGAGGAUCUAAGGAGAGCACGUGGUCCGAACAUCAGGUACCGGGGGUCCUUCUCUACACCACAGGCAGCGCGGGAGGGAGUGCUCUUCGACCCUGUCUCCGAGGACGAGCUUUUCCGGCAUAUCGCUGUCGUCGUCCUCAUAGGCGUUCUGGCGAUCAGAUUUGGGGUUUG